UAGCCAUUGUCGCUGACGCACUUUAAGCUUUGUAGUUGAACGGAAGUGUUGGCCUGCUUAAGUAAAAAUGGGCUACGUUUUGCAAAUUGUUCUGGCAGUUUUUCUGUUUGUCUGUUCUACCGAAGCAUUUGGCAGGCGGGUUGGAGGAUUGCAGUACAUCGACCAAGAAGAUGAUGACAUUCAAAAUCUCGCAAGAUUCGCUGUUGACGAAAUCAACAAAAAAAGUAAUGACUAUUUCAGAGCCAAGCUAGUGGAAGUUCGGCAAGCUCAGAGUCAGGUUGUAUCAGGAAUCCUGUAUCACAUGAACAUCACCAUCUGGGACACGGUCUGCUCAAAGAUUGAAUUUGUGACUGAUCUGAAAGACUGCAAGUUCAACAACCAGGAAAAGAAACAGCGUUGCUCAGUGAAUCUCUGGGUGGUGCCAUGGGACAACGUGAAGAGUCUGGAGGAUUACCACUGCACACCAGAAUCUGACAAGGUUUCAGAGACAUUCCCAUUCUACCAGGAAUUUGAAGACUUUAGAAAGAAGUACGAGCGCCCCUAUGAAAAGAACAGCGAUGAGUAUGUCAAGAGAUAUUACCUCUUCAGUGACAAUAUGGAGCGGGUGCGUGUCCUCAAUGAGAAUGAGCGGGGAACAGCGACCUAUGGUGCCACCAAGUUUGCUGAUCUGCAUCCUGAUGAAUUCAAGAAGAUGUACACCGGUCUGAAGGUACCAGCUAAGUCCUCAUCCCACAGUGACAUGAAACAGGCCAAGAUCCCCGACGGCCCUACCCCGGCCAGCUUUGACUGGCGGACCUUAGGCGCUGUGACCAAGGUCAAGAACCAGGAACAGUGCGGAUCUUGCUGGGCCUUCUCUACCACAGGAAACAUUGAAGGACAGUGGAAGAUAAAGAAAGGAAAACUGGUGUCCCUCUCUGAGCAACAACUGGUGGACUGUGAUAAGAUAGAUGAGGGAUGUGACGGCGGCUUGCCAAGUGAUGCGUAUAAGGAGACUAUUAGGAUGGGCGGUCUGGAGACAGAGGGAGAGUAUCCCUACAAGGCUGAAGAUGAGAAGUGUGAGCUAAACAAGAAAGACAUCAGAGUGUACAUCAACGGCUCAGUCAACAUCACCUCUGACGAAACCAAGAUGACCACCUGGCUGGCUAACAAUGGGCCCAUAUCCAUCGGAAUCAAUGCUGCCAUGAUGCAGUUUUAUUUCGGCGGCGUGGCGCACCCUUUCAAACUCUUCUGCAAUCCCCAGUCUCUGGACCACGGGGUGCUGAUCGUUGGCUACGGCACCAAGCCUGGAAUCCUGUGGGGUGAGAACCCAUACUGGAUUGUCAAGAACAGCUGGGGGCCAGACUGGGGUGUGCAGGGCUACUACCUUGUGUACCGCGGUGAUGGUGUAUGCGGCUUGAACACCAUGUGCACUUCAUCUGUGGUGAACUAACCUUCAACAGUCAAGAGAACAAAACAGACAUACAAAUACUACAGAAAUCCACGACUAAGAAGAGUUGGUAAAGUGCAUGAACACUUAGCCACCGUUGAGCAGCAAAAAUCUUUCUUAAAACCUACUUUGUGUUAUUUACUUACAGACAUUUAGAUGUACAUGUAGUGUUCAUUUUUUGGUGGACAAAAUGUAGGAGGGACAUGUUACCCUGUCCCCACCCACCUUCCUGUAGAACAGUAAACUCAAGGAACUUGAACAAGGUGCAUGUACACCCCUUGGUUCAAUAAUGCAGGUUGUUUUUUUUAUAAAACCAAACUCUAAAAUAUAAUUUUAUCAUAUGUCCACUAAAUAUGGAUUACCUUUUCUGUCAAGCCGGUUGUCUUUCACAGAAUUUAACUCAAGGACUUCUUGUCGCGUCUGUGCUCUUGACAUGGAAAAUUAAUGGCCCCACAUGUUUAGACCUCAAGUUACUUAUGUUUUGCUGUGUAACAUAAAAUACUUAAACUUAAUCAAGGUGUUUUGCAUUCGUAUGCAAAUGUGUUUUUAAUGAAAGAUAGUAUGUUAUCUCAGUACGUGUAUAGGACUUUUCACUCCACCAUCUUGCCUACCCGUGUUCAAAUCAACAAGGGUCCAACAUAAGCAGAACCAAGUACAAUUGAACACAGGUAGGCAAAGCAUACCGUUCACACUGACAAUGCGUUUACAUGGGUCAGCCAUACAUUUUGGAUUUUCUAUUCGAGUACAGCCGGAACCAGGGUUGGAUUUUACCUGUGGAGUGCGUCUGCCCCGUGUAGAAGCCGUGUUGGAUUCUUGCUAGUGUGAAAUGGGUUCCUGAAAUCUCUGUGUUGGACCCGGGUCAACACAGAGAUUUUGGAUACUGUGAAAGGCCCUUAUAACUAAGACUUAAAUGUGUAAUCAAGUGUAUGUUAUUCUCUUGCAGUUACUCAGGAUGUUAAUAAUUAUUACAUACAACUUUUAGAUAUAAGUAUUUAUGGGAAAUAUUUUUAUUUAAUAUUUUUGUCAACAUGCAUUUUGUAUUUUUCUACAACUUGGUUUGGUCAUUGAAUUGGUAACAAAUAUAAUUCAUGUACGUGUAUGUGGAUUAUAAAUGUAAAGAUGGAACUAUUUUCUGAAGCAAUAUACAUGUACAUGUAACAAGUUAAUAUGAAUGGCUGAGUUUCAUUCCGAUUUGUCGCUUUAAGCACCGUGAACUGACUUUUAUUGAACAUUUGUGGUGGUGCAUCAACAGGAUAGAACAGUCAGGCUAAGCAUAAUUAUGAAAACGGCAAAAAAAAUCUUCAAUUUAGUAUGCGAGUAGUGGAUAUGUACAGUUUUUAUCGGCGCUUUAAAUGUUUCUACCCAUGGUAACUAAAAGGUACGUAAGAACAUAUGCUUUUUGUGCAUCAUUUUCCUUGAAGUAACAAAUUUGCUCGAAGUAUUAAGUAGGGUGCAUAUAACAACUCACCUGUUGAAGUUACAGCUCAGUUGAUUCUAAAGAUUUUAUGGGUGCACACCG